GUUGCUACUCGAGCGGAGCCGAGGCGAAGGAAAGGAAACAGCUGCGGCCCUUCGAGGUCAUCCUUUCCUCCGGCGUCUCGAGUGCCCCGCGGCCUGGCUGCGCACCGACGGAGGCGCUUCUUCCUAACGGCUCUAGCGGAGUAGGCCUCCUGGUGCUCGUGAACAUCCGCCACCUCUUCUGUUAAUACUGAUCCAGAAGUCAUGUCAAGCAGCGGAAAGGCUGGGAGAUACAGGGGUUCAGUGAAGGAUUAUCCGGAUUUUGAUGCCAACCAGGAUGCUGAGGCCCUCUAUAAUGCUAUGAAGGGAUUUGGCAGUGACAAGGAAGCCAUACUUGAACUAAUAACAUCCAGAAGCAAUAAGCAAAGACAUGAAAUCUGCCAGGCAUACAAGGCUCUUUAUGGCAAGGACCUGAUUGCAGACCUGAAGUAUGAACUCACUGGGAAAUUUGAAAGGCUGAUUGUGGGCCUAAUGAGGCCCUUGGAAUACUUUGAUGCCAAGGAAAUCAAAGAUGCUCUCAAGGGUAUUGGGACUGAUGAGAAGUGCCUCAUUGAGAUCCUGGCUUCUCGGACCAAUCAGCAGAUACGUGCUCUAGUGGAGGCCUACAAGGAUGCAUAUGAGAGGGACCUGGAAGAAGAUGUUGUAGCAGACACCUCGGGACACUUCAAGAAGAUGCUUAUCGUCCUCCUCCAGGGCACCCGAGAAGAAGAUGAUGUUGUAAGUGAAGACUUAGUGCAGCAAGAUGCCCAGAAUCUGUUGGAUGCUGGGGAAGCGAAAUGGGGCACAGAUGAAGCCGAAUUCAUUUACAUUCUUGGAAGCCGAAGCAAGCAACAUCUUCGGCUGGUCUUUGAUGAGUAUCUGACGAUCGCUGGCAAGCCCAUUGAAGUAAGCAUCCGGGGAGAGCUGUCUGGAGACUUUGAAAAACUGAUGCUAGCUGUAGUGAAGAAUAUCCGGAGUACAGCAGAGUAUUUUGCAGACAGGCUCUUCAAAGCCAUGAAGGGCUUAGGAACGAGGGACAACACGUUGAUUCGGAUCAUGGUGUCACGCAGUGAGAUUGAUAUGUUGGACAUCCGGGAGAUAUUCCGGACUAAAUACGAGAAGUCACUGCAUCACAUGAUUGAGAGUGACACAUCUGGUGAAUACAAAAAAGCGCUUCUGAAGCUGUGUGGGGGAGAUGAUGAUGCUGCAGGUGAGUUCUUCCCUGAAGCUGCACAGGUGGCGUAUCAGAUGUGGGAGCUUAGUGCAAGGGCCAAAAUAGAGCUGAAAGGUACCAUUUAUCCAGCUGCAAAUUUCAAUGCUGAUGGUGAUGCAAAAGUACUAAGGAAAGCCAUGAAAGGUCUUGGCACUGAUGAAGGUGCUAUCAUUGAGGUUGUCACACAGCGGAGUAACACUCAGAGGCAAGAAAUCAUACAAGCAUACAAGUCUCAUUAUGGCCGGGACCUGAUAGCUGACCUGAAAUCUGAAGUAUCGGGGCCCUUGGCGAAGGUUAUCCUGGGACUGAUGAUGACACCAGCGCAGUAUGAUGCUAAGCAACUGAAGAAAGCUAUGGAGGGGGCUGGAACUGAUGAAAGUGUUCUCAUUGAAAUUUUGGCCACUCGGAACAACCAGGAGAUCCAAGCAAUUAACGCAGCAUAUAAAGAUGCCUACAGUAAGUCUUUGGAAGAUGCACUGAGUUCUGACACUUCGGGGCAUUUCAAAAGGAUCCUCAUCUCUCUGGCUCUGGGGGCCCGUGAUGAAGGAGGAGAGGACCUUGCUAAAGCUCAGGCGGAUGCCCAGGUUGUUGCUGAAACCCUGAAAUUGUCCGAUGUUUCUGGUGAUGAUUCGACAUCUCUGGAGACACGCUUCAUGACCGUCUUGUGUACGCAGAGCUACCCCCAGCUCCGGAGAGUCUUCCAGGAGUUCGUUAAGAUGACAAACCAUGACGUGGCACAUGCCAUCAACAAGCGGAUGUCUGGAGAUGUGCGCGACGCCUUUUUAGCCAUUGUGCGGAGUGUCAAGAACAAGCAAGCUUUCUUUGCUGACAAGCUGUACAAGUCCAUGAAGGGUGCUGGCACAGACGACCGAACUCUUAUCAGGAUUAUUGUCUCAAGGAGUGAAAUUGAUCUGCUCAACAUCCGACGGGAAUUUUGGGAUAUCUAUGACAAAUCUCUCUAUCACAUGAUCGAGAAGGACACCUCUGGAGAUUACUGCAAAGCCUUGCUAGCCAUUUGUGGGGAAGAAAAGUAACCAGCAGGUGAUUCUUGUGGAAGCUUGUCCUUGUGUCUGUGCCGGCGUCACUCACAUAUGUGUAGCCUAGAUAUAUCACUGUUGCUUUUAGAAGCAUCAGGGGGUGUUUCGGAUCCACUGAGAAGAUUCACAUUGGCUGGGAGGGGGGGAAGAUAUUGCAGAAGAGCUUAACACUGCAAACAACAAAGACCACGGGGAUUGCUCAGUCCAGUGGGUGGGGGAGUUGUCCAAACUGGUGCAAAACUUAAGUAUUGUACACAAGUCCAAUGAAGUAGCACUGUUAUAGGUAUUUUAAACCAAAGAAAUAAAAUGUUACACGUUGCUGGCCAC